AUGACUUGCUUACACCGCUACAGUUUGGAUAGUACAUUCAUCUUUCUAGUUAUUUGUGGAAGCAUUGGAUUAUCAGCUCAACAAUCUGGCGGUAGGUGAACUUUAUAAGAUAUUAGUAUACGUGUGUGAGAACCAUAAAACUGAUCGAACGGAUAAAGUUUAAUUGAAAGAAGAUAAAUAUGCAAUUAGCCUCGCCAAAAAUCUCAUCUGUGUGAAAUUUCACAUGUGAGAUACUCGGAGAAAUGUUCUGUACUCAAAGUUAUAAAGCUGAUAAAGCUUUGUAUUGAGACGCCAUAUUGUUGUCACCUCUGAGGGUUACCAAUAUGGCGGCCAAAUAUUGACUGAAACAUCUGUCAUUGUGUUUUGCCAGGAAAGCGUGAAUUUCAUUACAAAAAGAACCCGAGGAACUCAUAAAACAUUGAUGUUAGAGUUCUUAUGAUGAAAAGGCUCUUCAGAUAGCAAAAUCUCAAAAGACAAGUCACUUUUUUAACCCACGACUCUCGACCGCCUUUUAAGAUUCUUUUAAAUGCUGCGUAAUGAAGAUCAAUUGCACCCUGUCGAUUACAAAUUAAACUAAACUUAAACCCUUUCAAACUAGAAUUUAUUAAAAUAUAGGACGGUGUUUAUCUGCUACGAAUACUUUAUGAAAGUUUUUAAAAUGGGAACGUCGCUGGCUGUCCAGAAUCCUGGAUCACUAUUAUUCGUAGCAGUAGUCGUAAUUAUACUUCUGAUACAUAAAUUUUGUAUCACGUUGAGGAAUUAAGUGAAAGGGUUUUUUUUCCUUUUCAUGAUGUAAUGCUGUAUGCUUAUAAAACGUGUCGACCUGGUCAAAAGAGGGGGAAAAACAUAACAAUUAAUACUUGGAAGUGAUGCUAGAAUAAGAUUGUUUACAGGAACUUGUCAAAAUAGAAACAAGGACACUUUUCAGAAACAACUCUGUUUAAAUUUUCUUUUAUUGGUCAAUUUUAAUUACUGUAAAUUACUGUAUCGUGGAGGGAAGUUUAAUUCUGUGCUUCAACUGUGGCCAUAAAAAAUUUAUUUGUAGAGUAGUUUUUAAACUUUAAGUUUAACCCUUGUAACUUUGUAACGCACUUUUGUUUUCUCAGUAAAAUUUUAAAAUCAUACUUGGUUUUCAAGGCCUGUAAAAUCCUACCUACGGGCCUAUUUCUUGUUACUUCGGAGGAGCGCAAAGUUUAGGCUUCGCAAGGCUUAGGAAUGUCCCAAAGUUGCUUUUUUGGGGACAAGAUUGGGCACGCAAAGUCCGUCGGUCUUCGAUCUGAAUCAGCUAUUUGACGAAGUGAGAGCCGAAUUACUUCGGGAUACCUCGAGAUCACUUCGAGUUGACUAAUUUAUUAUUUAAUUUAUUUAUUCGUGGAAGAAAGAAAUAUUAUUUUGGCUUGUCCAGGGUUUGAACCGGCUUACGUGUCACCCGUCAUAUCAGAUGAGACUCUAAAUUGAGGGAUUAGCCGAUUGCGCUACUGCGAGGCAAGGUAAUUUGAGACGUGAAAAUAAUAAUAAUAAUAAUAAUAAUAAUAAUAAUAAUAAUUUAUAUAGCGCUAUUCAGCUACUCUUUCAGAGCGCUUUAAAAUGAUCGGGUUAACGUAGAACCUAAAAGCUAAAAAAUAUAAUAAAAUAUCGAGAUAAAUUAGUUACAAAGCUUUAAAAAUAUAAAUACAUUACACAAAAAAUGAAAGUUAAAAUCUAAGGUCUAAAAAUACUAAGAUAAAAUUACAGAUAAUGAAAGAAAUUUAAAAAAAAACGUGUAUUAAAAAUAAAAGUUAAAAACCAUAGGCUUCUUUAAAAAGGUAAGUCUUCAAAUUUUCCUUUUAAAAAUAGCGAUUGAUGGAAAUUUACGAAUGCUAAGAGGUAUGUUAUUCCAUCGCCUUGGCGCAGCAAUGCUGAACGCUCGAUCUCCACAAGUCUUUAGUUUAGCCAGUGGCACAGUGAGCAGUUCUUGCCCACUGGAGGGUAAAGACCGAGCGCACUCUCGAUGGCUCAAGAGACUACAAAUGUAAGAGGGUGCUUUGCCAUUGAGUGCUUUAUAGACUAAUAACAGGAGCUUAAAAAUAAUACGUGCAUGUACGGGGAGCCAGUGUAGCUUGAACAUUAUUGGGGUAAUCGAAUCAUACUUCCUUGUUAACGUGACAAUGCGAGCUGCCGUAUUCUGAACAUGCUGUAAUCUACAAACUGAGUCUUUUGGAAUACCAUAUAGACGUGAGUUACAGUAGUCAAGCUUAGAACUAAUAAAAGCAUGGAUGAGAAUUUGAGCGGAGUCCUGGGUGAGAUAUUUGCGAAUCUUUGAUAUACUUCUGAGAGAGAGAAAAAAAUAGCCAUAAGUUAUGCACAAGGUAUGGGAAAGGAUUCGGCACGCAAGUUUUUUACUUGUCGGCUUGUUUUGGGUAUUUGACGUAGUGACACCGGAAUGAGUUGAAGAUAUUGCGAGAUCACUUCUAGUUCUUUCGGCUUCAAUAAAUAUUUGAGGAGGAGGGCAAAGUAUUAGGCUGAUUUAGCAACAGAACGGAAACGUCAGUUGACGACGGCGCGCGCAAAUCAAACAAUUGGCUUGACCAAUGGCACAGAGGCAAACUGGGCAUCGGAAGUCGAGUUUAGUCUUUACCCCGCGCUUUCCCGUCGUCAAAUGACGUUCCCGCUCUGUUGCUAAAUCAGCCUAACAAAGGAUUUGCGACGCUGAAGAGUGCUGUCGCAAACUUGUAGUUUGCUUCCGAAGUGAGGCGGAAGUUGUUCGAGAUAUCUCGAAAUCAGUUUUAAGAAAGUCAAGAUUACACAAGUUACAUGCCUUCAUGGAAAACACUGUGGGGACAGAAAUGAGAGUGAAGAGAUUUCGAUUACUGGAGAUUAUUGCAGCAAGAGUGAUUCGAAAGAGGAAGAUCGAGGAAAAGGUACGGUCGUUUGCGUUACGCGUAGACGAAGCGAUUCGGAAAGCGAUAGAUUGUCAACAAGGAGAAGCAAAACCCAGUUACUGUGGUUUCGUAACCGUUCUGAUAAGCAUCAUUAUCAUUUUUCUUCUAGUAGGUGUUUUUAUACUCGUUUUUGUAUUGCGUGUUAUUGCUUUUCAUAAAGCUUAUGUUGCGAUGUUGUGGAGAUUGUGCAUUUUCAGCAAGUUUUGUAGGGGAGUGUACUGAUGUUAAUUAGUUACGUUGCUGGAGAAGGUGUGGAGUUAACUGUAAAUAAGGAAAGUGUUUUUGUAGGGGACAUAAAGGAAGUGGAACCGAGAUCUCGUCGUGCGCAAUUUAUGACAGAAAUUAUAAUCGGAACGCGGUCAUGCGCCUAGCAGACUUCCGGUCAAGAGGUUAAGACGUCUCUUACUCAAAGGAGAAAAAUAAGGGUAUUUGUACGGAAGGGUAUAAGGAAAAAUAUAAUUUCUUACUACUCCUCCUCAUUCACAAUUAAUUCCACAGCACUACGUCGAAGUGCACGCUCCCAUAGCGUCUUGUUUCAAAAGCGUUUCUUGCUACUUUAUUAGACGUUUUUGAAGUCCGACUACUGUAAAUUGAGGAACAUCCAUUUCCCACCGCGAUUUAUGGGGCGUGUCCGUCGCGCUAGGGUUAUAAGAUACAGUAACUAAGAACCUCAGAAUCGACCGAUAUGACAAACAAAAACCACAUCGGAGUCUGAUAUAGCCUGCCUCGCAGACAAAAUUUAACCCUUCUUAGUAACGCCUGUGAAGCAGCGCCGAGAUCGUUAUUCUGGGCCCCCCAAAGGACUCAAUGACGUGUACUGGAAGUGCGUGUUCGAAUUUCCCUUCAACUCGCCUGCAAAAACAGCCGUUUCUCCUCGCUCCUCGCCGCUGGGGACGUUUCGUAAGGAGGAACGUCUGCGACUCCGUGACAGAAAUUCCAUACUGAUGACGCAAAAUCUGUCCGGAAUCUGGUGAUAAGGGCUGAUUGACCCUAUAACAAAACAGUCAAUAUCUGUGGGAUAUAUUCUUCUCUAGAAGAAGCAUUUGGGUUUUACUGGAGCUCUUUCGCAGGUGAACACAUCGCAUUACCAAAACGUAAAGUCCAUAAAAUUGAACAAAUUUGAAUUUGGAACCCCAUGACUACCGGAUUUAUUAUGUAAACAUUGAUUUACGCCAUCAGUAUGGAAGUUCUGUCGCUGAGUAGCAGACGUUCCUCCUCGUGAAACGCCCCUAGCGACGGGGAGCGAGGAGAAACGCCUGUUUUCGCAGGCUACCCUUCAGCUCGAUUAGCAACUGAACACUGGCUUUUUAACAGGCCACUCAUAGCAGGUACUCAAAUCCUGAUACACAACUGGGACCCAGAACAAGGAUUUCAGCGCUCUUACGCAGCCUUAAGACUUAACCAGAAGUUUCGUUUCGUCUGUUGCGCAGAUUAAGACUAAUAAUGAAAGAUUUCUUUUCUUUGUGACAGAUCCAACUGUCCAGUCACGUACUAACAUCACAGGAGGUACGAUAAUCUUUUUCAACCCUACUAGUGGCACGUAGUUUGUUACUAUCCUGUUUCUGCUGCCAUGGACGAUAUGAGAAGGUUUCUUAUUUUAACAUAGGCCUCUUUCAAUUAAUAUAUUCUUUUAUAUUGAUGAUAAUUAGCCUUCCUGACCUCGUUUGAAAGUAAGGAUUGCUUUGCAUUUUGCACAUGCUAACGAGGUCAAAAAGGCUAAUUAUCAUACAUAUAAAAGAUUUAAUUAAGGCCGCCAUUAUGAAACGGGUCGGUACAGUUGAUUUUAUCAAGAAAUGGUGCUUUUUACCGACUUCGCUACUAACCCAGCACUACGUUUCGUUAAUAAAAAAACACAGACUUUUAAUCAUUUCAACAAAGUUGGCCUUCUCCUCUCUUCCAGUAUAACAUUCAAUUUACUAGAACGCAAUUCUAGAGUUUUAGAGAGGGUUGCCAAUUGUUUAUUAAAAUUAGCUAAGCUUUUUCAAUCUAAAAUCCUCAAAUUUACAAAAUUCACCAUAAGACAAGUUUGUAAAGUGAAAAAAGCAUUUCCUUAUUUUAUAUUAAUUUGUGCAGUUGCACUCAACCUCGUCUCAAUGCGAGUUGAGCGUUCGUCAUGUCCUCUUCUCUGUAGGAUUGAAAAUGUUCGUUCACUUUCUCACCAACCGUUACCUGCCUUUUCAGUGAAACCAUUCAUUUCAUUCAUUUGAAUGGUAAUAGCACAUGAUUACGUUCCCAGUUUUAAUCGAAAGAGUGACAAACUAUUUCGCUAUGGCUUGUUCUAGGACCGUAAAAGAGAUAAUAUUUUCUUUAUUGCAGAAUUGACAAAUCUCCUCCACUCGUUCACUAACAAUAUUAUCUGCCUUUUCAGAAAAACCGCAAUUUUUAUAUCUGGAUUCAAUGAGGAAGACCAAAAAAGAAUUUAUUAGAGGAGAUAAGUUGGAUUUAACGUGUGAGGCUAUUGGUAAGCCUACCCCGAUUGUCACGUGGUACAAAGACGGCAAGAUAUACGAAAGGUCUCAUGACGGUCAGAGACCGGGUCCUUACGACUACCAACUAGCAUUCAAUGGGUUGAAAAUUGCCGAUAGCGGAUCUUACAUGUGUAAUGUGUCUAACAAGUUAGGGUUUCUGACUUUUACUUACAAUCUUACAGUCCAAGGUUAGUGUUUUUUGUUUGCUAUAGUUAUAACCUCUCACACAUCAUCGUCAGUUGGCUGUUAUACAGGCGGCUUCAACGGUUUUCCAGCAUUCAGCUUCGUUUUGGGCAGCUCCUAGGCUGGUACUUAUAUGCAAGUUAAUAGGGACUUUAAGACCCAACGACUCGACCGCAACGAGAACGUGAAAAAAAAAAGGUUCUAAUAAGCAAUACAACAACUUCGCACGUGCAUUAAACUUUUUUCUACAUUUCUUUGCCGUUUUUGCACGACUAGGACGUGAAAGUGCCUAAUUUCGCGCACGUUCUAUGGAGAACGUAAACAAGAAACGAAGAAAUUUUAUUUCUCCUUCUGAAAUUGGAUAUCGUCCCUUGGAAUUCAACUUCAGGAGGGUUCGCCUACAUUUGACAAAGUAAGCGGCUAGGAAUAAUCAAGAUAAGACUUGAAGAACCUAAAAAUUCACUUUUUAAGCGACUAAGAGAUUAUCAAGCUCUAUAGAUCUUUGCAUUUGUUGUUGGAGUGACCUCCUCUAUCCUUUUGACCGUCUUUUCCCUUAAGUUGGUUACUUUACCUAUAUGUGUACAGUAUUUGCCCCUUCAAGACGGCUGAUAUCAACGGGCGUCCUGGCUCCAGAAGUUCAAAAGGCGAAAAGCGCAAUCCACUGUAUAAAAAUCUAACUAGUGGAUAACGCAAUUGGUUUCCAUAAUCUUUAUCCGCUGGAUAGUGAUUUAUCCGCCGGGUGGAUAGCGCUUUCCACUGUUUGAACAACCGUGGCCUGAAAAACUAAAGUUAAAUGCACAAAAAUAUAACAAAACAUGAAAAGGCAGAUACUUGAAAAAUGAACUACGUAGCAGAAUUACAAAAUAACAGUCCUCAGCAUAAUAAAAGGUCUAUAUGUUGGCCCUUUCCUGAUUAUCCCCAUAAAGGAUAAGCCUACCAAAUGUCAGUUGCUACAAGUGACUAUUUUCAUGAGAGGUUUCUCCUCCUCUAGGUCGGUGUUUCAAUUCGUUGCUCGUGAUCGUAAUUAUGAUUGACGGCAGCAGAAAACGCAAUUGUGAAGGCGGCUUUUGAACUUUAGAGUUCGCAUGUUUGUGAUAAGCGCAGUAAUACAGUUCCCUGUUUUGUACGUUGUUUUAGCUGAUAAGAUAGCGGUGCUCUGCAACAGGCUCUCGCUCUUAUAACACCUUAGCACACUUGCCUUUCCACCUCACCUCUCCCUUCAUCUACGUCAUAACUGGUUAUUCGCCAACCAACUGCAUCCUCAAGUCCUCGAUGUUGUAUGGCCUCCUCAACUCGUGACCUAGUUGUAACUUUUGUCUUCAAAAGACUUCAGACUCCUUUGUUGUCUUAAAUUGCCGGUGGGAGGGACUUCCCAUAUGAAAGGGGUGGGGAUGCUCGUCGGAAAUUUUGAAUUAAACCCCUAAAGGGGACCAAUUUUGGUGUGGCCGAAGCUUUUUUUGACCCCUAAAAGAGACCAUGUUAAAACACAGACAAUAUAUAUAUUUUUUAUAUUUUUUCGGGUGUAACCCUAAACGAGACCUUCACGGCUAAAUAUGAUAGAGUUUUGUUUUUUUGAGUUUGUCUUCUGUGGGCAUUUACUUCUUAGUCAAGGGCAAGGUUACUUAUCUCUGUUCUUACUGGUGACCAAUUGUUACUUCCUUUUACCUUGACUUUGUACUUUUUCAUUUUUUUUCUCCUUUUAGACUUAAUUCGCAGCCAGCCCAACAUAUUGAUAAUAUGGGAACAGAAGUCUCCCCUCUAUGUCGGUGAAAAUGUGGAGAUUUCUUGCACAAUAGUGACCUUUGACCCAAACACGAAGUACCACUGGUAUUAUAGCGACACGAACAUUCCGAAUGAGGAGAACUUGGGCGUUUUAAUUGACCCACGAUUGUACGAACAGCCAGCAUUUAACGGGGGAAAUCAGGAAAUGGCACAUGUGGAAUUUACUCUGACGUUGCAAAAUGUGACGAUCGAUCAGUCCGGACUUUAUGGGUGUCAAGCCGAAAACCGUAUCGGCUAUGAGUCACGUCAGACCAUCCUUACAGUCACACACAGAUCUAUCAUUAUACCUCCAGUAUUUGCAGGUAUGAAAUAUCUCGUACUUACAGGUAUAAAGUAAAUCUUUUGGAAAUUUCUAAGUGGUAGAAUGGGAGCACUUGUAAGAAGAAACCUAUCGAGGAAUUUAGUCGAUCCUGUCUCGCUCCUAUGAAAAAAGGGCUAUUUUUUUUUGAAGAUUAUCUACAAUGAUCACGCAUUUUGAUUUAUUUUGCGCUAUGUGAGUGAGAGAGUCAGAUCGUAGAGUCCGUUAUUGUCGUCUUCCGUAGUCAACUGAAUAAAAUUAAUUACAAGAAAAGGUUACUGUUUCAUACAAUAUCAAUCUGGCGUUUCUUUUUUGGACCUAAAUUAAGAGGAAGGCUAACAUAUUUGGGCCCUCGUUUUAGACUUUUUAUCGCCCCCACCUUCCUCCCAGAAAUGAAUGACCAUUCCCACAAAUGAAUUCUGGCAUAGGUUUCUUGAGUUACACACAUUUACUAUUCAUAAACAUCUUCCGUGUUUACUAUCCAGAUACCUUGGCAAGAACACUUACAGAAUGGUCAGUGGGUCACUCAGUCAUGUUAAAGUGUAAGGCAGAGGGAGCAGCACCUCUUAAAUACACCUGGCUUAAAGAAGGGAAGAUUUUAAGAGCGAGAAUAUUGGACCCAUACCUGAACACUUCAAUUUGGUACUUAAAACUAAAAGACCUAGUACCUGGAGACGCUGGGGAAUACACUUGUAUAGUGUCCAAUCCAUAUGGCAGUAUAAACCAUACAUACUCGGUCAGGGUUCAGGGUGAGUACAGGCGAGGGUGAAUUAAUUUUUAUCCACUUUUCGUGAAAUCAUUUCAUUUAGGUAUAGUGUUAACUCUCCUCAUCUUUCUUAUAGCCUCCCCACGCCUAAGACCGACAAAACAUGUUACUAUGUUGCUGACCACGAGCACAACUCACCAGUGCUUCCCCCUCUUUGGGAAGGUGCUAUGCAAAAUGUGAAUACCUUCCUAAAUUAGGGGAACAACUCGUGCGCUGACACCGCCCUUUAAAACCGCUUUCAAUUUACUUAGCAGAGUUCCAGUCAACACUCUAUUAGCAAUUUAGAAAGAAAAUUUGAUCGAAGAACCAUGGCAUUUACAUUGGGAGCUACCGUUGAGUGGCGAACAUCCCAUUUACUGAAAUAAGGCAACAAAACUAAGUCCGGAGGAUGACCCCUUUUGAAAAUGGGUGAAAAUGGAAAAUUGAAAUUUAACCCCUUAGUGUGACGAACUUUGGCGUGGUUCAAGCCUUUUUAACCUAUAAAACUAUGAAUUGCGAGACAGAAUUAGUUGAUUGAGGUCUUUCCCUUAAACAGAAAGACCUACCUAGGAAUCAUUACCUGUAAAUUUAUGGCUUAAGAUUGUGGUCGAAAUUUGAUUAGAUUUUUUGGGGCUGUAAAUAUAAGUCUAUUAGCUUGGGGUGACCGAGAACAAAUCCAGCAAAUGGCCAGAGCGGGCCUGGAACCCGGGACCACCGGAUUGCAAUUUUCUUAUGAAAAUAAAAAAACAACACCAAACAAACCAAAAUAGGAAAAAAAUGCGGAUUUUUUGCAAGUUGCAGCCCUUGCCCCUUUUAGCUACUUUUUCUAACCCAUAUGCUGUUUGUUUUAUCCAUUAGAUAAUCCUCUUGACUCAAAAGACACUGUUAGAAAAUCAUACGAUCCCGUAAUUAUGGACAAGGUCUCCUGGAUCUUGCUUGGCGUUUCAAUAGCCGUGAUUGUUGCUAUGGUAACAGCAUUUGCUUGGUUAUGCAUGAAAAUGUGGAAGCUGAAAAUGAGUUCUAGAGCCAAUGCGAGGGGUUCCCGCCAUGACAUCGCGUCUCUUCGAGCAAGAUAUGACGUGCAGAAUGAGUACGUGGUGGUGCCAAACUUCAACUAA